AUGGCACAAAAGGCAAAGAAAGACCGGGCGAAGGCCAACACCUCGACGCUCAACAACCUCCAUAUCGGAACCCUCUCAGUCCACGCGCUCUUCUUGGUCUUCAAUUUCCUUAUCAGACGACGGUCGCUCCUGACAUACGUGCUCCUCUCGAUCCCUUCGCUCGUGGCGGAAUAUAUCCUCGAGUCCACGGGCAGACCAAAGCGUGAUCCGUCCACGAAGGCAUUGAAGGGCCCAGGGGAGGAUCUUUCUGCGCCUGGGCUGACAGAAUAUCUGUUUGAUGUGAUAUGGGUCACUUGGGCGUCGCUGAUUGCGGUUAUGUUACUUGGCAACUGGGGAUGGAUGCUUUGGGCGGUGGUGCCGGUUUAUGGCCUUUACAAGGGCUACGGACUUCUCGGUAUGGCGAAGGGCAUGAUGGGCAACAGUCAAGGGGCACAGCAGCCAGAGGAGCAGGUGGCCGGACCAGGGAAUCGGAGACAGAGGAGGGCAGCUUAA